AAAAUGGGUUUGCUUCGUCGUUGGAAGCAGCAGUUUGGGUUAAAUUACCAAGCGGUUAACAUCUGUAGAGGAAAGGAUAUGAAGUCGGUUAUUAUUCUUCUGGCCUUGGUGGCCUUCUGCCAGGCAGCUCCCCUGGAUACCAAAGAGUCGUCUACUCCUGAAACCUCCACUGUGGGCGUGGGUCCCAUCAGUCCCGAUGUGAUCAGUGAGCCCAAGCCCACCGAGGGCAAGGUCGUUCUGCUGAGGGAUAGCCCUUUGAAUCGCCAGAAGCGCGAUGAGCAUAAGAAGCCUGACAGUGUGAAGGCUCGUGAAGGAUUGCAGCACAAUCCCCAUCGCCAGCCGGUGGAACCGCCAAAGCCCCAUAGUGUGCAGGCAGCUCCCGUCAAGCCCGAUAGUGUGAAGGCUCACGAAGGACACAAUCCUCACAAGCGGGAAGCUCACCACGAGCCGGGUCAUGAGGAACAGCCUCAGAAAGAGGAGUUGCCAGUGGCCCAAACCUUGCCAACCGCCGCUCCUGCCGUUGAGCUGGCCAAGAAGGAGAAGCGUGAAACCGAGGAGAAGCCCGAUAGCGUAAAGACCAAGGAUUCCCUGGCUCAUAUUGAGCAUCCAGCUACCUUGCAGGCAGACAGCGUUAAGCCCCCCACAGAAGAGCAUCCUGCUGAGAAGAAGGCCAAGCGAGAGGCUCACCAUGAGGAGGGACACCAGGAGCAGCCUCAGAAGGAGGAUUUGCCAGUGCCCCAUGCUCUGCCAGCCGCUGCACCCGCCGUUGAUCUGGCCAAGAAGCAGGAGAAGCGUGAGACCCAGGAGAAGCCCGACAGUGAUCAUGCCAAGGAAGCCAAGGUUGGAACUGCUGACGUUCACGACGUUGUGAAAGCUCUUUCGGGUCUGCAUCCCGUCUCGGACUUGACCAAGAAGCAGGAGAAGCGCGAUAUCCCGGUGCCCACUCAGACGAAGGCCACCGCCGAGCCGGCAGGCACCACCAAGUCAGAGGGCGGCAGCACCACGCCCUCAGCUCCCCACUUCAAGCGCCCGGUGCCAGUGGAUGUGCUCUUGCACCAGAAGCACGACGAAAAGUCCACUUCCAGCUCCGAAGAAAGCAAGGAGAGCAAGGAGAAAGUCAAGGCCUAAACUUUAAAAGUCGUUAAUUGGACCAUCACGAGAUUUUUAGUCAUCGAAAAUGAACGAAAAAAAUAAAUAAACAAUAAUAUUUACACACUUA